AUGAAUUCGACGCUAUCACUCACCAAAGUUUCAACUCUCUAUCCUGGCGUUCAUUAUAAAGACAACCAUGCCUCACUCGAACCAAUGUCCUUCAUAGUCUGCUUUCCCGGGACAUUUCCGAGACAGCUCUUGGAAAGGAGUGAUAUUCCUGUUCGCAUAUCAGUAUCUAUUGAUCAGGAAUAUGGAACAUUCACUACACCGGUCAUAGAGGUUGUAUCGUCAGACUUGAGUCGCUGCAACAGCAUACUACACUGUUCAGGAGACUUGGACAAUUCGACCUCAGCUAUGUCCUAUGAUGACGACAAACCCACUAUAUCAUUUCUCCCACUCCCACUUUCGUUUGACUACAUCAAUCCAGCUGAUUGGCAAACAGUUUACCGGCAAAUUCAGGAAUGGCUCACCACAGAAGUUGACACGGAAUCGUCACUGUGGACGUGGGGAUGUGACGCUUUCUGGCUGGCAUUCGUCGCCGCCUAUCCGUCCUUUCCAAUGGGCAAGUGGUCAAUGUGGGAUCCUCAUAUUCCGCUGAAGGGAUCAUUCAUUGAACACUGGUUAGAACGUUCGAAUGAUAGCAAUACUGAGGAGGUUCUGGUCCAGGAUGACAUAGUGAGUCAUAUUUGGAACGAAUUUUGUAAACACGCGGCGCUCUUCUAUCCCCUUCCCCUCAUUUCCUCGGCUUGA